GCCGCGAAAAGCGAAGCAAACAAUCAUUAAGCAACAGGCAACUGCGCGACGUCGACUUCAACUGCGAGCAAUGCAAUCGAUCAGUAAAAAUUAAGAUUAUUGAAAUUAAAUCAUUUUCGAAGUGAUAUUCAGUUUGUCGUGUUGUUGUUAUUAUCGUUUCCUUCAUAUCGCAAUGAGUGGCGUGCUGCGACGCGGUUCCCUGAAUUUUGAUUGCGUUGGUAAUACCACACGGGGCAGCCUUGAUGCAAACCUUUAUGGCGGUUACCGCGAGACAAAGCCAACGCCAGGCACACCGGAAAUAAGUGUUAUUGCAAUGGAUUUUCGUCGCCAUUCGGAUGACUUGAAGAAGGUUGGCCUAAUGCCACUGCCCCCGGCAGUGGUGCAGUCAGCCAAGGAUCUUAGCCAAGAUGUGGACAGCGAUGUGCUGUCGAUCUUCCUGGGCCACUAUCGGAAAUGGAGUUUCCUUUGGACAUUCUUAUUGUGCUUGUUCCAGAUACCAACAACAUUUCAUUUGUUUAUGUUUGUUUUUCAGGUAACAAUGGAGCAAUCUCCAGGCGAAUUGUCGCCAAUGCUGCAGCCCAGCGACGAGGAUUUAGAGCUACUUCAAUCCAAGACUUUGGAGCAGCUAUUGGGUUGCAUAGGUCGCUGGCAGAAACUGUGGUGUCCCAUCUUAUCAUUUCUGCAGGCCAUCUGCACCUUCCACAUAUUCGUCUUUGUGUUUCAGACCGCACCCAAGGACUAUUGGUGUGCUAGGCCGGCACAUCUGCAGCAGCUCGACAUUGCGGAGUGGCGCAAUCUCAGCCAGAGCCCAAAUGGCUGUCAGCUGCUCGACAUUGACUACAGUCAGGUGACUUUUGAGAAUGGCCAGCUUAUUAAUUGGCCCAGCGACGUUGCCAACUUGAGCUACACACAAUGCCAGCAAUUUGAGUUCUCCGAUGUGGACGGCGACGCCAAGACAUUGGUGCAGGAAUUUGGCCUGGUUUGUGGCAACAACAUAACCAGCUUCGUUGAGAUGUGCUUUCUAAUGGGCGCCGCAGCGGGAGCUGUGCUUUCGGGAUGGAUUUCGGAUCGUUUUGGUCGCCGUCACACGCUGAUGACCUUUGUCACCAUACAAACCAUAUUUGGUGGAAUUUUGGCCUUCUCAACAUCGGUGGCCAUGUUCAUGUCGCUACGUGUUAUAAUUGGAUUCGCAUCAAUGACCGUGACUGUUGUUAGCUUCGUGCUGGUCGUCGAGCUGGUCUCCGGCAAAUGGCGUACUAUAAUCGGCAUAUUAAACAUUUUACCAGUUGCCAUCUCCUACGUCCUCUCAUCCGGCAUUGCCUAUCUCAUCCGAGACUGGCGCAUUCUCCAGCUGGUUAUAUCCUGGCCAUGGCUGGUCAUGUUGAGCAUCUGGUAUUGGUUGCCGGAAUCUCCACGCUGGCUGCUGGCUCAGGGUCGACUCGAGGAGCUAACUCGUUUGAUUGAGCAGGCGGCCAAGAUGAAUGGCACCACGCUGCCUAGUAACUAUCAAAAAACUCUCGAGGCAGCUGUACCAAUGGCUGCCCAGGUGAAGGACCCAUCGCAGACAGAAAUCGCCGGACAGGCGGAGGAGACGAAAGCUACAGACGUGGAGGAGGUCAAGACACAUGACUUGGAAAUACAUGUGAAUCCCAUUUUGGUCGUUUUUGGCCGCAAAUAUUGGCGUACUACAGUCCUUACUCUUGUUAUUUGGCUAACACUCAUCAUCAUCUAUUUCGGACUGACGCUGCAUCUGAGCAAUCUUGGAGGUAAUAUAUAUAUUAAUAGCGCCGUUGCUGGCGCUGUUGAGGCUCUUUCCAUUUGCAUCAGCAUUUUUGUGGUGCUCAAGGCGGGCAUAAGACGCAGCCUGCUGGGAUACAUGCUGCUGCCGGGUCUUUGUUGUCUGGCCACCAACUUGGUGCCCCACGGCGAGGACAAUCAGACGGGUGUCAUUGCUCUGGCUAUUAUAGCCAAAUGUUUGAUAGGUGCUAACAAUGCCAUCAUUCCCACCUACACGGCCAUGCAGUAUCCCACCAUUGUGCGCAACUUUGGCGUCGGCAUGGGCAACCUGGCGUCGGGCAUCGCUCUCAUUAUGGUGCCAUCCUUGUGGCAACUGGAACAUUACGACGCUUUGCUGCCGCUUAACAUUAUGGGAGUUUGUGGUAUCAUUGGAGCUGUUGCUAUUACUCUGAUGAAGGACGUUGAACUGUAAAAACUCUUCGCAUGCCUCGAUUCUUACACGUAUAACUGUGAUAUAUUGGACAUAUUGGUCAAUGGGCCCUCACAAAAUCAUGCUUCCUCCAUGUUCCCACACUCUCUGUCUCUCUAAUUAAUAUAUAGUUUGUUAUAUUUAUUCUUAUAAUUCAUUUCGAAUAUAAAUGCAGUU